AUGCAAGAAUUAUGGAAAUUGAAUAUAGACUGGGAUGAAAUAGUUCCUGAUACAUUUUAUGAGACAUGGUCCAAGUAUUAUAACUCAUUGUUGGAGCUUAGUAAUCUUCAGAUAAGAAGAUGUUUUAAUCCGCAGAAUCUAAAUCAAACAAUCACUAUUUAUGGUUUCGGCGACGCAUCAGAGAAAGCUUACGGAACUUCUCUACUACUGGCUCGAUUAGUCGUAGCAGUAAUUGAAGCAAUAAAAUUAUCAGUAAAAGAUAUAUAUUUAUGGAAUAAUUCGACAAUUACGCUUAGCUGGAUAGCUACUUCUCCACAUAAAUUGAAGACAUAUUAUGCUAACAGAGUAACAGAAAUACAAGCAUUAACACCUGGAUGUUAUUGGAAACAUGUGCUAUCGUCACAAAACCCAGCAGACGUGCUAUCUAGGGGUGCAACAGUGAAGGAGCUGAUAGAGGAUAAGUUAUGGUGGUAUGGACCGCAAUGGCUUCCAUACAAGGAUCAGUGGCCCAGCAUAGCUGUUAACAGUACAACAGAGAUUCCAGAAGCAAAGGAGAAAGUAUUAUUUACGGUGGUAAGAGAACAAGAAAUUUUGCAAAAGUAUUCGUCAUUUGAUAAAUUAAAGAGGAUUAUCGCUUAUUGUCUGAGGAUGAGAAUCAGAGUAUCGGAAAAACCUAGGUCAGUAGUCCUAUCGGUUGAAGAGUUGCAAAGAGCAGAAAUUACUAUCUGUCGCAUGGUUCAACAAGAGUGCUUCCCAAGAGAGUUGCAUAAUCUGAAGCGUCAGGAGCUAAUGCAUCCAAGCAGUCCAAUUGCAGCUCUCAAUCCAUUCUUAGAUAAGGAAGGCAUCAUAAGGGUUGAUGGUAGAAUAAAACAAGCAGACGUAUCACUGGAUCAAAACCCAAUAGUACUGCCAACUAAACAUCACGUUACGGAGAUACUGUUAGCGCAAGAACACAAGACGUUGCACCAUUGUGGACCGCAACAGCUAUUGAGUACCGUGCGAACUAGAUAUUGGCCACUAUCAGGCAGAAGAGAAGCGAGGAAGAUGAUCAAGAAAUGCAUUCCAUGUUUUCGAUAUAGGCCGAACAUUCCAGAGUUAAUAAUGGCAGAUCUUCCAGAAUCUAGGGUUACAGCAUCCAGUAGGCCAUUUACAGUAUGUGGAGUGGACUACGCAGGCCCCUUUAAUCUAAGACAGAGCAAUAGAAGAGGUAGGAUUUCUAUCACUAAGGUAUACGUAGUUGUUUUUGUAUGCUUCAAGACGAAAGCAGUGCAUCUCGAGCUGGUGAGCAGCCUGACUAUGGAAGCCUUUAUGGCAGUAUUUCGACGCUUUUGUGCCCGGCGUGGAACGUGCAUGCACAUUUACUCGGAUAAUGGUACUAAUUUUGUGGGUGCAUCAAACGAGUUGAAAGAAACAUAUGAGUUUCUACGCAAAGAAAAGGAUCAGAUCGCAUCACAGUUAGCUGUACAAGAGAUACAGUGGCAUUUUAUCCCACCACGUUCGCUACAUUUUGGAGGACUGUGGGAAGCUGCGGCAAGAGUACAAAAAGUCAUCGCUAUGAAGGAAUUACUCUUUACGUUCGAAGAAUACUAUACGCUAUUAGUUGAAAUCGAAGGUGUGUUAAACAGUAGACCUUUGACAGCCUUAUUAGCGGAUCCGAAUGACUUAACACCUCUUACUUUGGCGCAUUUUCUAAUUGAAGCACCUUUGCAAGGAGUAGCAGAGUGGAAUUACCUGGAGACGCAGACUAAUCAUCUGACUAGAUGGCAGCAUAUCCAAAAAAUACGCCAGUAUUUCUGGCAACGAUGGCAGAAAGAAUAUUUGCACCAGUUGCAAACUAGAACUCGUUGGCAAAGAGGAGAUAAUCAAUUAGAAAAGGGUGAUUUGGUAUUAUUAAUAGAAGAUAAUAUGCCACCAUUGAGCCUUGGGCGUAUUGAAGAAAUACAUCCGGGUCAUGACAAAAUAGUCAGAGUAGUGACCAUCCGUACCGCAACAGGAACUGUUAAAAGAGCAGCGAAAAGGAUUUGUGCCUUACCCAAAAAUUAA